AACACUGAUGCUAAAUAAAAAAAAAAAAGUUAUAAAAUGGCGUCUCGUGUUCUUUUUUGCGAUAAUUAGAUUCAACGUAAUAGUUAAUAUUUAUUAGGGUUUUCAGACAAAUUUGAGAUAAUUAAUGGUUAUAACAAGUGUAUAUUAGUGUUUCAAUAAUUGUAUUUCGAAGAAUUAGUUGUGAUUCGAACCAGCAGAGAGAUCAGACAGGUAUGUCGUGGCGCCGCGACGAGCGGGCGUCGCGCUGGAGCGAGCACGACACGCGCUGGGGCGAGCCCCGCGGCCGCGCGCCCGUGUGGGAGCCGCGCCGCAGCACCAGCCCUGACCACCGCGAGCCGCGCGAACGCCGCGACCGCCACGAGCGCGAACGCCACGACCGCGAGCGCCACGACCGCGAGCGCUACGACCGCGACCGCGACGACCGCUACCGCAGCCGCGAGCGCGACCGCCACGACAGGCGCGACCGCGACCGCCGCCGCUCCCCGCGACGUUUCGACGACAAGGACAGGGACGUCCCCCCGGCGCCCUCCCCACCCACCAUAAGCGGAGACAAGGACGUCGACUCGCAGUCGAGCAGCCGGUCGCACAGCCGCGAGCGGGUGGACCACGAGAGUCACGAUAUGAAAGAGAAAGACGACCAGAACUCUGUGAACGCAUCCCCGGGUGAUUGGUUCUGUAAGUGCGGUUUGUACAAUUUCAAACGGCGACAGAUUUGUUAUAGACGCAACUGUCAAGGUAAACGAUCUGAUGGGAUCGUAUUCGGUGGAGACUCUGAGAGAAGUAAUGUCACCGACGGUGCAGGGAUUACUAAACGGCUGUUGUUCAGGAGACUAGACGCACUGACGACUGAGGAAAAGAUAUUAGAUGCGAUCAAGGAGAGGUGUUCAAAGUCUGUGCUGGAUUCUAUAGCGGGCAUUACCAUUGGUAGGGAAACAUUGACAGGUGCAUCCAAAUGUCUCGCUUACAUUAAUUUCAAUUCCAUUGCUGAUUCUACUGCGGCCCACAAUGAGUUGCUAGCUCUGCAGCCACCAUUAGAGAUUGACGGACGAGAGGUACUGAUUACAUUUUACAAUGAACCAAAAAAGCUGCAAAAAGUUCAGAAUUCAGAUUAUUCUUCGUAUUAUGCACAAAUGACUAAUUAUGGUUCAACAGCACAUGCUUUGUCUGAAGCAGACAGAGUGAAUGCUGCUGCUGCAGUAGCUCAGUCAGCUAUAUCGGCAGCACAAGCCCGGCAGAUGGCGUGGACGCCUGUGGCAGUGCCUACUUUUGUAGCUUCCGCUACACAAGCUGUCCCUUCUGUGAAGGUACCUACUGGAGAUGGCAAAACUGUCUACAGUCCUCCAGAUGUGAGGACCUUCUUAUAUGAUGAGAGUUCUGGAUACUAUUAUGAUCCGGCCACAGGCUUGUACUAUGAUGGGAACACACAGUAUUUCUUCAACAGCCAGAUAUCCCAGUAUAUGUAUUGGGAUGCAGGAACAUCAACAUACAUUGCGGCAAGCCAGACACAGCAAAAUACAGACCAACCAAAAUUACCGAAUCCUCCUCAAGCCACAUCGGAAAAUACUAUAGCAAAGGAACAGCCCGAGGAAAAGAAAAAGAAAGAUAAAGAGGACAAGGUAAAAGUGGCGAAAAAGAUUGCUAAAGAUAUGGAAAGGUGGGCUCGAACAUUGAACCAGAAAAAGGAGAAUGCUCGCAGUAAUGUUGUGAUGGAACAGCCCCUCGAUACUGGAGCCAGCAAGGGCUCUGCAGACAUAGGUUUUUCAGUGUUAGGAGCUGGGCCGUCUAUAACCACUCAUGUCAGGGAGCUGUCACCUCCACCAGUGUCUACAGAUGACUUCUUAAUGAAGAAAGUGUCUGAACCUGUAUUUGAAAGUGACGAUGGCAUCAUUGACUGGUCUAAGCUGACCUGUCUGCUCUGCAAACGUCGAUUCCCUUCAGUUGAAGUGUUGACUAAACACAAAACACUGUCAGACUUACACAAGCAGAACUUAGCAGAGUAUCAGAAGAAAAAUGACUUGUUGCCACAGACAAAUGGCUACAGAGAUAGGGCUGCAGAGAGAAGGAUGAAGUUUGGCGAGGAUGAGACCCCGAUCAGGAGACGUUAUGAGCCUCCCGAAUUAGCAGUGCACGCCGCCAUGCCCCCUCAACCUCCUCCGUCAGUCGUAGAUACUAUUGGAGGAAAGAUGUUACAGAAGAUGGGUUGGUCGGAAGGCAGAGGGUUAGGGAAAGAGGAACAGGGGAGAAUAGCGCCUAUAGAAGCAGAACAGAGGCCUAGCUUGGCGGGUCUUGGUCAGAAGCGAGGAAUAUACACACCAACACCUGGGGAGACGUACAGAGAUACCGUGAAAAAGCUGAUGAUUGCUCGCUAUAAAGAAGUUGUCGGCCAAGAGGAAGGGAAAUAGAUUGGGCGGCGCCAACCUAAGGCUCAGCAUAGGAUAUACCUGAUUAUAUUUGGUAAGUAUAAUUAAUAGCACUGUAUAUUUGUAUACCAAUUAUAAUAUUCCACAGGUGCGUUACAGGUAUGUCUGGUUGACAAUUGUCAAAGGCUUCCUUUUGGUUUGUCGUCCGAUAACUUGAUAUAUUUUCCUAUUUAUGUAUUUUUGCAGCAUUUCCCUUCGUUUAUCCAGUGGCAGACUGACCAGGCUAAAUUAUAUUCUAUAUUAAAAAAAAAAAAUAUAUUAAAUAUUCUCAGACUUGUAAUCGUAGAGGAGGUAGUCACAGUCUAUUGUAGAAUUAACUUUUGAAAAAAAAAAUUAAAAUACUUUGGCAAAUAUUUAAAUUAAAAAACAAAAUGUUUUUAUUUCUAUUUCUUAGAUUUAUUGAGGUGUGUCUUAACGUAGGAAAGUGAGGAAACCAUGAGUGGGUGGUGUAUGGUAUUCUAUUUUACCCAUGGUGCUAUUUAUGUCUAUUAUGAGGUGACAUUUACAAGUUUAAUGUAUGGGCCGUUAACUGUUUGAGUUGUUCGCACUUUGCUCCAUUAUUAAUUCACACUUAAUAUUCCAAAUUAUCGUUUACAAAAAAAAUUAUAGGUCUUUUAUGGGAAUAGGCAUUUAAUCUCAUAAUAAAAUACCGAAGGAUAUUUUGGAUCUGCCUCUUAAUAAGUUUAAAACUGUUAUUAAAAAACAUUUAUUAAACAAAGCCUAUUAUUAAACGAUUACUUGAAUGUCAAGCGUGCAUGGUGUUAGUGGAUCAUGCGCGGGUUUCUAACGACCAUGUAAUUUUAGACAUAGUACAUUUAAAUAAAUACAUAUAAUGUUAACAGAGAUUUGAAAGAGUAACUGUUGAGUUUCUUGCGGGCUCUUCUCAACAGAUGACAACUUUCCGAACACUGCAUUCAUAAAAAAAAUACGAUUUAAAAGUAAAAAUAUUUGAAUAAAAAUGAUUUAAAUUUGAAUCUAAAGUCUUCAAACAAAUCCCUCUAUGGAUAGGACAGAGAGUAGUAUUUUUUUAGAUAAAUCAGCUAUAAAAUUUUAAAAUAGGCGUAAUAUCAUGUCUUUUGAUGCAACCUUUUCGUUUAUGGGUAAUUAAAAAUAUAAUUUAUUUAUUUAUAAUAUAUUUAUUAAUUCGUUAUUAAUUUCUCGAUUGUUUGUUCUCAAAGACCGUUUCUCAGCUCUUCUUUGGCAUGUCAAAAACUUGCGUAUAAUGAAAGCGGUGUAGAAACACUUUAAAAGGGGAUAUCGUCAAGGGGUGCUGCCUAUUGUUGUUUGAAGAGUUAGUUGUAGUAAAUUGUCAGGUCUACAAUGUAUAGGUAAUAUGUAGCCUUUAUUAGAAAACACAGGGAUAAUACAAAGUCAGGCGUGGGUAAUUCAAUCUCCAUCUUAAAGCAAGCAGUUUGCUUCCUUUUUUUUUUCAAUUUGAAGCAUGAGAUAAUGACAGUAAAAUUACAGGGUAUUGUGAUUCAGAAUUUUCAUGUGACAAGGGUCAGGUCUAUGGUGCUGCAAGCAUCCUCGAGCUGUCACUUACCAUCAGGCGAGCUGUAUGCUUGAUUGCUAAACUCAUAUUAAAAUUACCUUUAAACAUUUCAAACAAUUUGUCUUUUUAUAAAUUUUGAUAAUGUAAGGGUGAGGUCUGCCACUGAAUAUAAGACCCUAAUAGCUUAGGGACAGGAUACAUUUAGCCCCAACAGCCAGAAGUUCCGGCCGAUCGAAUGGACAUAGACUCUAAUCGGACACAAAUCAAGCUGUGAUAAAACUGUGAUACUUAGUGAUUGUGAUGAAGAAACGGUGAUAUAGUGAUGAUGAUGUGAUGCUUUACUGAUGAAUGUGACCAUUUACGUUACAGAGUCCCGCCAGCGUCCGGAACCCGUGACAAAUGUUACGAUUCAAAGUUACAGCUUUAGUAUAUAGGGCAUUGUUGCACUGUCAAAUAUAUUGGAUCAUAUCGGAUCAAUUUAAUAAGUAACUAACACAUUUACAAAUAAUUUCAGUUUAGGAAUAAACGAGAGAGCUAAACAAUUCCCAUUUCUAGGUGUAUGUAUUUUAAAACGUGCAUAUGAUCCAAUAUUUGAUAGUGUAAUAUUCCAUUAUAUUAUAUAAGGGUUAGGUAAGUUUAGUACACGCAAGUCUAUUUCGAUGUCCACUUUAGUGAUUCGAAUGGAUACUCCAUGAGUUAUAGCAUGCUGAGGGUGACAGGUCGUUGAAACAAAAGAAAAAUGUCAAUAGAUCCUACAAAAUGUAGGUAACUUUUUUUUUUAUCUUGUUACGUUUCUUGCCAGUUCGCGAAAAUGUCGUGGCAUAAUUAAAAAAUUGUUAUUUUGACUUCCAUACAGUUCGAUAAACGUUCGCUUCUUUUACAAUAAACUGUUAAAAUGUCACCUGUCACCCGUAAAGUCCUACAACGCACGGAGUAGAAUUAUUUAAAAAAAAAAAAAGUACUUUAUCAUAAACAUUGAGUCAUGCUCAUUUGUUUUUUUAUCCUACUUAUAAAAAGGUGGAUUCUCAAUUUGAAUACUUGUAUAUGAAUUUACAAUAUAAACAUAUUUAUUUCUAAAAAACUUUUUAAUUACUUCUGAAUAAUUGUUUGAUUUCUAAAUGUUAUUAUAAUUGUAUUAUGAAAUGCAAAAUUCAUAUUAAAAGCAAGAGCCUAAAUAAGAUUUUCUAAGUUUUUAAAUAUUAAAAAAAAAUCACAUUUUGUGUUAAGUUUGUUAAUAAUAACUUAACACAAAAUGUGGCUUGUUUUUUAAAUAAUUGGUUACAUAGAAUUUUUAUCAGAAUGUAAUCAGUGAUUUAGUUUAUAAAUAUAAACAAGUUUUGUCACAAGAAGUCGGUUUCUAAUUUGUGAAACAUAAUUAUCUUAUGAGAGAGCUCGUAUUAGUUUAUGCCCUGUAUUUUCUUGUCAUUGUACAUAAUAUAUUAUCAUAAUAAUAUGGCAGUGUGAUAUAUCCUUCUGAUAUUAACCCUUCUUUGCAUAUUUUUUUUUUUAUUGGUAUUAUAAUUCAUUUCAAAAUAAAAGGAAAAAUGGUUAAAGAAAUAAAUUUGACAGCUAUGUUUUUUUUUUCCUGCAAUGGACAUUAAAAAGGUAUCCAGACACGAUCAAAUUAAAGUGAACUUGUUCUUUUAUAUAAUUUUUGGGCAUUCAAUGUUACGAUGGAAAUUUCCACCAUUAUGCAAAGAAUGGUUAAAUGCACACUACCUAAUAUUGCUCCAUGAAUGCAUGUGAUUAAUUUUUAAUUUGUGAUUGCAAGCCGAUUUAGUAAGUCGGUAUGAACAAAAGUGUUUUUUUUUUUUUUCAUUUACAAUAAAUAUUUAUAAAUUUUACAACGAUAUUGUAUAAGUUUUCAUUUUAUUAUAUGUUAAUCGUGCCCACACAGUUUGUAGUCAAUUUGAAGUACAUUAAAACGUGUAAAUAAAUAUUUACUUAUAUUAGUUUAAAAAAAAAAAAGGAAAUUAUUCUGUAACGAAAAAAAAUAGCAUCAAAUUCAUUCCACCUGCAUUCACUUUACUUUAAAUUACAAUUCUUUAUUAUUAUUUUAACUUGUAUGCUCAAUUGUAU